UGUAGCUCUUUAGUCUAUGCCAAAAUUUGACAGCUCAAAGUCAUUUAACCACGGGACUAGUUUUAUUUGUUUUUCAAUGGAUUUUCUCUGUUUUAUGUGAAUUAAUCGUUUGAAAUUUUUCAGUAAAAAGUCCCUUUAGAUUCCUCAAUCGUAAUGAUUUUUAUUUCUUCACCUUAAAAUUGAUGGUUUUGCCGUGUCAUACUUAGGGGCACGGAACGUCAUAGAGUGACGAUAAGUGUUGUGGUGUUGUCGUAAGAAGUCUUCUGUGGGGCAGAGCCGAGGAUAGUGGAUAUGGGUGAAACGAGCGAGGCGCAGGCAAGCGCGUCGACGCCGAGUGGCGAGGGCCCGGGCGCCGGCGGCGAGGACGACAAGCGCGACGAGCGUAUGCUGGAGUGUAACAUCUGCCUGGACACAGCGCGCGACGCCGUGGUCAGCAUGUGUGGACAUCUCUUCUGCUGGCCAUGUCUGCAUCAGUGGUUAGAGACAAGGCCGACGCGGCAAGUGUGCCCUGUGUGCAAGGCUGCCAUCAGCAGAGACAAGGUCAUCCCACUGUAUGGUCGCGGCAACACCAAACAGGAGGACCCCAGGAACAAGGUGCCCCCGCGGCCAGCGGGGCAGCGGACUGAGCCCGAUAACAACAGCGGCUUCCCGGGCUUCGGGUUCGGCGAGGGCUUCCACAUGUCGUUCGGUAUCGGCGCUUUCCCCUUCGGCGUGUUCACCUCCACAUUCAACUUCGGCGAAUCUAGACCUAGCGCCGCACCGCGCGGCACUGCCCAACAUGAGGAAGAACAGUUCUUAUCGAAGAUAUUCCUGUGGGUAGCCAUCCUAUUCGUGCUAUGGCUCGUGUUCGCGUGACCGGCGCGCGCCGCCCCCGGCCGUCGCCGCCGCCGCCGCCAGCUCAUCGAGGCAGCGAGCUCCGCACCACAAGCUUCCUAGCCGAAUGCAAACACGCUCAUAAUUAACACGAUUGUCAUGGUGUUGCUCUUAAGUAAACGACGCGCCUAGCGAAUGCCCGAUUUCAAUAGUAUAGUGACGUAACAAAUAUAACUUAUGCAAGCGGACCGAGAUAUCACUGCCCCGAUGAUCCGAUGCGGCAGCCUGUAUUGUUUUGCCGGAAACGCAAUAAAAAUUAAAUUUUGCUAAAUAGGUAGCUUUAUGCACGUUUAGAUGAGAAGAGUAUGCGGCCAUUGAAUGAAUGCGUGCUUUCGUGAUAAGUCCGUAAGUGGACUUUGGGUGACGUUCACUGACCAGAUAACAGAGGAUGCGCCGAGUGUACAAACGGUUAAAGUUACUCUAGAGACAUUCUCUACAAUCUUUUGUUAGGGGACUUUAACAUGCUGUGUUAAUCCUGCAACAUGUGUUUCCAAAUGGAAUUGACCAGAAUAUUCCUCCACUGCUAGCUUCUCAAUGCAUUUCUUCUUAAAACAGGGUUGCCGUACUUACGCACUAUGCACUUGCCGUGACCCCCACGUCAAAAACAAACGUCUGCAACUCAGGGACGCGACGCGAAACUUACGGCAGCCCUAAUCCAUUAGGAACGUCACCUGUUGUCUUGUCAAUCUUUUAAAAGUUUUUUUCUAUAUAUAAGUGGAAUAAGCGAAAUUCGACCAUUCCCAUUUGUAUCAUAUUUAACCGAAGUUGUACGCCAUUACAUUUCCGCGGAGGCCUUUUAAAUAUGACCCUAUGUAAUUCUGAUCCGUAGGCAAUAGUUAUUUUAUCAUGUUACGAAUUUACCACAGUGUGUUUGAUACAAUACAACAUAAUGUAAUAACUACUUGUAGAGACAUAUACUAUCGAGGAGUAAGAUUUAUUUUAGGAUUGUAAAUUAAUUUUUAUGUUACUUUUUUAAACAAUGUUUUUUUGGAUUUUAUUAUUUGCUGGUGAUUUGAGAGUAAAAGAAACUUGGGUUAAAGUAUCGUGCGGUAGUCGUGCCGCAGUAGACUGGACAAGGGCGCGAGCGUGACCGCGUGAGGUCACCGGCGCCGGCACGCGCCUCUACACAAGUUAAUGCGAACUUUGUGUUAAUAUUCCUGUAAAGAUAAGUGUAUAUACUUAAUUAUUAAUAUGUAUUUCAAAAGUAUAGGGAGGGAAAUUAAAAUGUUUUAAGUAAAUUAAAAAAAUAAUAAAAGUUCAUAAUGCUGA